GGUUAUGGGCCAGUGCCCAAGAAGUGGAAAGGGGCGUGCACGGGGCUGAGCAAGUGCAACCGCAAGCUGAUUGGUGCACGGUACUUCCUCAAGGGGUAUGAGGCGGAGUACGGCAAGCUGGCUCGGGGGGAGUUCCGCUCUGCGAGAGAUGCGGGCGGCCAUGGCACAUGGUGUGCAGGAGCAGCAGCGGGCAACGCCGGGGUGGUUCUGACAGACGAAUUCGGAUCGACAGCGGGGCCAGCCAGUGGCAUGGCGCCACGUGGCAGGCUGGCAGUGUACAAGGCGAUCUGGUUCAACGCGUCAGAUGGGUACGGACACGACUGCGACAUCUUUGCAGCCGUUGAUCAGGCCGUCGCGGACGGUGUGGAUGUGCUCUCCAUGAGCAUUGGAUCCGGCGAAGAUACCUACUUUGGCGACCUGCCACUCCUCAGGGCUGUGCAGGCGGGUGUGUUCCUGGCCAUGGCAGCGGGCAACGAGGGACCGCCCCCCAUGGCACAGAAGCCCUUCGGUUUUCGCACCCUCAGCAACGCUGCUCCCUUCUACCUCACUGUUGCCGCCAGCUCAACAGAUGACGACUGGGGCUUCUUUGGUCGCUCUGCACAGUCAGCAAAUUCAACACAAGUCAACGGCACCUCACCGCCUGCUGCUGCAGCUGCCGCCCAGCCCAACACAGCUCCAAGACCCCCUGACGCCCCCCUUCUCUUUUACUCCCACACUCACCAUUCACCAACUUCCCACUGUUCCCCAAUUCACUCACAAACCAGCACUCCCCCCUCUCCCCUCCCUCCACCCCCCCUCUCCCCUCCCUCCACUCCCCCUCUCCCCUCCCUCCACCCCCCCUCUCCCCUCCCUCCACUCCCCCUCUCCCCUCCCUCCACCCCCCCUCUCCCCUCCCUCCACUCCCCCUCUCCCCUCCCUCCACCCCCCCUCUCCCCUCCCUCCACUCCCCCUCUCCCCUCCCUCCACUCCCCCUCUCCCCUCCCUCCACCCCCCCUCUCCCCUCCCUCCACUCCCCCUUCCCGCCUCACAGCCAACACAACUCUCUGA